CUCACUUAAUGAUGUCUCCUUUAACGGUUUCUUUUAGGUUCAAAGGUUUAUUGGUGUUUUUCCAAGGUUUUAACCUGGUUAAACUAUACUGGGGGUUGAGUCCACCAGCAGCAGUUUCACCUCGAAUAUAACCUGUCAAGAGUAUAAUUAAGAGUAUAAUAUAAUAAUUUUCUGAAAUUACAGAAAUCAUAAAACUGUCAGACCGAGGAGAUGCUUGUAACCUGCCUGGAGACAGGGAGACUGUACUGUAGUUCCACAUCGCCUCAUGAAGAUACUAAUGUUAACACUGUGCAGAGUGUGUUCAACUGUAAAUCUGUCAGUUAGUGGCGUUUACUGUCUUUACACCGACUUACACUGUUAGUCCUUACUGCUGGUCAGGCAGUAAAAUCAGUUGAAUAGAUUAGAACCUGUAAAAAUGCUCAAACAUGCAGAUGAGAAACAGUUAUCUAAGAGGCAGAAGAUAUGACCAUGAGAGACUGUGGACAUCAAACUAUAAUUAGAACUGAGUGUAUCUGUGUCCAGUUUCAAUUCGCUCUUCGUGUUUUCAAUUCACCCAGCCUCAUGUAACACAGAGUUGAUAUUAUUAGACACCAGUCCCAAACAUCACCCUACAAUAUCUGUGCAGUAUGUUGUCAGAUUCAGGGUCAAAGCAAAUAUUACGCAGAAAUAACAGUAUGUGUUUCUUACAAACUAGCAGCAGGAUAUCCACAUGGUCUCUCAGUCAGAUAAGAUUCCUGAUUAAAAAUGAAUCUAGUCAAACUGCUUUGUGACAAACAGCACAUAUUCGUCUUAAUCACCAUGUUGGUACUGCUGAGCUCAGGCCAGGAUUUACCAAGGACAGACCCUCCAAUCCGUGCUGACCAACCCUUUCUUUUCAUGUGGAAUGCCCCAACUGAGCUGUGUGACAUACGCUUUGGCAUGCCCCUUGACCUCUCCUACUUCCACUUAGUCAGCAGCACGCUUAAAACAGCGACAAACCAGAGCAUCUCCAUAUUCUACAUCGACCGUUUUGGCCUCUUUCCCUAUGUGGAUGAAGACACUGGUGAGGUGCACGAUGACGGUCUGCCACAGUUGAUAGACCUGCAGGAGCACCACGAGCUGGCCGAGGAUGACAUUGAGCACUAUAUUCCCGCUCACCAGCCAGGCCUUGCUGUGCUUGACUUUGAGGAGUGGAGGCCACAGUGGGUUCGAAACUGGGGCAGCAAAGAUAUCUAUCGACAGAUCUCCAUUGAAACUGUCAAGAAGAAAAACGGGUCAUUGUCUGACGACGAGGCGGAGGAUCGGGCAAAGUUUGUGUUCGAACGCGCAGCUAAGAGGUACUUCCUCCGCUCCAUCCGCAUUGGGAAGAGGCUAAGGCCCAAAAGACUCUGGGGUUACUACUUGUACCCUGACUGCUACAACUACAACUACAACAAUGACAUGGCAGGCUUCACUGGAGACUGCCCCGCCAUUGAGAAGGACAGGAACAAUGAUCUGGUGUGGCUCUGGAGUGAGUCCACAGCACUCUUUCCGUCCAUUUAUUUGGAGCUGGUGCUCAGAGACUCCCAAGAAGCCCGGCUGUUCGUCCGCCAUCGAAUCCAGGAGGCCAUCAGGGUGUCAACACUCCCCAAAAGCACCUACUCUAUCCCAGUCUAUGCCUACAUCCGCCCUGUGUACAAGGACAGCACUGAUGACUACAUGUCAGAGUUUGAUCUGGUCAACACCAUCGGAGAAGCUGCUGCUCUCGGCGCCGCAGGUGUCAUUUCCUGGGGAGACAUGAACGUCACAGAAACAGAGGACUCCUGUUUUGAUGCUCGACGCCACUUGGAGCAGGUAAUGAACCCAUACAUCCUCAAUGUCUCCACGGCAACGCAACUCUGCAGCAUGGCGCUCUGCCAGGGCCGUGGUCGCUGUGUGAGGAAGCGCUCGGACGACGAUGUCUUCCUGCACCUUGAUCCGCGUCGAUACCGGAUCCAGCGACAGCGUCGUGGCGGCCCGCUCACUGUGAGCGGCGGCCUCUCACAGGACGACAUCAGCUCGUUCGACCGGAGCUUUGACUGCAUGUGCUUCAGCGAAGAGUCAUGCAGAUCGGUUCUGACGCUCAACGUCAUCAAUGAGGCCUUCAGCACUGGGAGAAAUCGAGGCGCUGACAAGCCUAGGCCCCUCCUGCUGGUCAUGAUACUUCUCUGUCUGAAGUAUGUUGCGAUGUGACUAGGUCACGAUGAUAAUAUUUUUACACUGUCAUUUGAGUUUUUGUGUUAUGUUAAGCGCUUAUCAGCAAAUGUUAGCAUAUAAACAUGCUAAGCUAAGAUGGUGGAUAUCACACCUAUCCUGUGUGGGCCUGUUGACACAAGAUAGAUCAUCGUCUGCUGUCGUCAAAUGAAUCUUAAUAUUACAGCCAUGCAGUUGUCCAUUACAAAGAGACUGUUCAGAAUAGAAACGAUAACACAAUAAAACUGAAAUCCUACUGUAUUCCCAUUGUUGUCCACUCAAGGGGGGUAAGAGUGCAGCAGAUGUUCAUGUCAGGCAAGGCAAGUAAACACACUGUAAAAACACAACAAGUUGAGUUAUUUUAACAAGAAAAGAAAAUGCAUAAUCUUUUCAUAAGCCAUUUUCUGUACAAAAUCAAUUUAAAACACCAUUCAGAGAUCCUGCAGCAUUAGAUAAAAUAAACACUUGGCAAUGGAACAGAAUCGUACAGGAGUGAUGAUGAGAGCUGCAAGCAGCACUGAAGGGCCCUUACACCUUUGUGCACGUCAGGGGACAGUGCAGAUGCUUUGCUGUUACCGUGGAGCGACAUGAUUGGGUUUUAGACUAAGUAUCAGACUGUUGUGAUGUGUGAAUAGAUCAUGCACAUGGAAGUGGUGCACAUGGAUUCUACUUGGCAUACAUGGCAUUUAUGCAAAACUUCAGGCCAGUACUCUUGUGAAAAUUAGUAAAAAUCUGAUUGUGUGUAGUCUAGUUCCAAUACUUUGAAUUUUCAUGGCGAAGGAUCUAAAAUAGAUAUGUCUCCUAACUUCAGGUUUGUUGAACAGGUGUGGCAAGUUGAUAAAGGCACCAAGUUGGUAACACUGCCUGUAAACGCACUGUGAUAAUGACUGUUUGCUUCAAACCCUUUUGAAAGAGCAACAGCCAAUGUGCAAAGUCCAACACUCAUCCAGACGACCAAUAGUGUAGUCAAUCAGUCAGUCACAGAAGGCGAUUUGUAUGCUUGCCCUCGCUGUUGCAGUGACCAAAAAUUGCGAUUUUGAAAAGUUCAGAUCUGAACUUGUCAUGAGCUGUGGGGAACUGAUGCACCAGAAACAAAGUGACACUGAAAAUUUGCCCAUCCAGAAUCUUUAAUGGAAGGCUAUCAAGCAAGGCUGCUUUACACACACACACACACACACACACACACACACACACACACACACACACACACCCCGACACACACACCCCCUUUUCAGUUCAGUGUUGGUGGCCUGACUACAUUCAACACAGGGGUUCAUCCUCUUGGAGAUGGGUUCUUUUUAGUUAAGAAAUAGAGAGUUAUGACAUGUAAAUGUUUUUCUCUGGGGUGAAUGUGGUGUCAUUAAAUGUCGCCACUGGAUGUUUUCUUCCCCACUAUUAAUCAAAUGGAAGAUGGCCAAAAGCCCAGUUAACUGGUCCAGUUAAUUUAAAAUAUGGACUGUCUUUCUUUUCUCCAAAGUUUGUCCUAAAGAGAAGUUUCCCACAAUCCAAAAACAGCUGGAUAAGAAAACCUGGAUUCACAAAGGUAAAAAAAAAAACCUGCCGACAAAUCUAAGUUUAAAGUUUUAAAUCAAAUAUAAGUCGCUGAUGUAGAUCAUAAUCAUCCUGUUUAUGUCAGCUCCUCCUGUAAAGUAGAACUUAAUGCACCGUGUGUGUCCUCCUGUUGCGGUACACUGGAGAUGCAGUAUUAAGAGACAACCACUAGAUGGCAGGCUAGCGAGGCACUGAGAGGGAGGAGGAUCAGGAGAAAAAACGAGGGGCCUUCACAGGAGCCUUUCUUUUUCGUAUGAAAUUUCGUCUCUGUCUUACUUUUCAUCCAUUGCCGCUCAGCGAGGAAACACAACUAAACUGCACUGAAUUUGAAUCAAAAUUGAAUGAUGCAUUAAAUUUGUUAUUGACUUUGACAAACAAUUUUUGUAUUAAAGAUGGACCCUCAAAAAAGUA